UAAGACAAGAUUUGGUAAACACGUGAACUGUAGGUGCAUAUUUGAUUCCUUCGACUCACUGGGUAAAUUUAAAAUAGUGAUAAAAGGAAAUAAUAAUAAUUAUUUUUAACUAAGAACUGUUAUAGGUUUUUAAAAUUAGUAUCCAUUACUUUUAAUAAUAACUAAGCAAUAUGGGCAACAAGCGACAUGGAUGUACAAAUGCAUACUUUGCUAAAAAAAGAAGAGAAAAGCAACGUGCUGAGGUAUCUAAUAAACCUAAAGAAGAUACACGGAGUUCUUAUGAAAGUAUUGUUAGACAUAAUGACAAAUUUCUACAAUAUUAUAAAAUGCAAGGAAUCUGUAAAGAAGAUGAAUGGGAUGAAUUUGUUAAUGUUUUAAAAACUGAUUUACCAACUUCUUUUCGAAUUACUGGAAGUAGUGAUAAUGAAGCUAAAGCUUUGUUAAAAAUGGUUGAAGGUGUUUUUUUUACUGACUUAUUAAAGCAUGAACAAUCUGAACAAUUAUCCAUAGCAAAACCAUUUUGUUUACCUUGGUACCCUCAAAGAUUAGGUUGGCAACUUAAGAUUACACGCAAGGAUAUAAGAGGUUCUGAAGCAUAUUAUCGUUUGCAUAAUUUUUUAAUAUCUGAAACAGAAAAUGGUAAUAUUUCUAGACAAGAAACAGUCAGUAUGAUUCCACCAAUAUUAUUGAAAGUUAAACCAAGUGAUAAGGUAUUAGAUAUGUGUGCUGCACCUGGAUCUAAAACAGCACAACUCAUUGAAGCUCUUUAUUCUGGAUCAAACAUUCCAGUUCCUGAUGGUUUAAUAGUUGCUAAUGAUGUACAUAAUGCACGAUGCUAUAUGUUGGUUCAUCAAGCUAAAAGAUUAAAUAGUGCAAAUAUAGUUAUCACAAAUCAUGAUGCUACAGUUUUACCUGCUUUAAUUUUUGAUGAAAAUGUACAAUCAGUUUUAAAAUUUGAUAAAAUAUUAUGUGACGCUCCAUGUUCAGGAGAUGGUACAUUACGAAAAAAUCCUGAUAUAUGGACUAAAUGGAGUCCUGGAAAUGGUAACAAUUUACAUGGAAUUCAAUUUCGUAUUUUAAAGAGAGGUUUAGAGUUAUUGAAUAUUGGAGGACGCUUAGUAUAUUCUACAUGUUCUUUUAAUCCUGUUGAAAAUGAAGCUGUUAUUAACCGAAUAUUAACUGAAGCUGCUGGAAGUGUACAACUUAUAGAUGCACACAAUGAACUUGAAGGUUUACAAUCUACCCAAGGCUUAGUUAAAUGGAAGGUUGUAUCUAAAGAUCUAGAUACUUAUGAAAUAUUUGAUGAAGUUCCUGAAAAAUGGUCUACUCAAAUAAGACCCCAAAUGUUUCCACCAAUAGAAGAUAAACAUAAUCUAACAAAAUGCAUUCGGAUACUUCCACAUCAUCAAGAUACAGGUGGUUUUUUUGUAGCAGUCUUAAUAAAGAUUAAAUCACUUCCAUGGGAAGUAUCACCACAAGAAAUGAAUUUAGAUGAUAAAACAACAGAAAAUAAAUUGGAUCAUAAGAGGAAACAAAAAAAAAACAAAUAUCAUGGAUAUAAAGAAGAUCCAUUUGUUUUUAUGGAUGAAAAUGAUAUUGUUUGGCCAGAAAUUAGGGAUUUCUAUGAACUCAGUAAUUUUCCAGUUCAUUGUUUAUUAACAAGGUGUUCAAUAGGUAAAAAGAAGAAUAUAUACUACACUUCUUCUUCAAUAAAAGAUAUUGUAAAAAAUAAUCAAGAUCGUGUUAAAAUAAUUAAUACUGGUGUCAAAACUUUUGUUCGGUGUGAUAAUAAAUCAAUGGGUUGUAAUUUUAGACUUGCUCAGGAGGGAUUACCAAGUAUUACUCAAUUUAUAGGUUCUAAAAGACGAGUACAAUUAAAUCGUGACGAAAUUAUAAUGAUACUUAAAAAUCCAACAGUUCCAAUUAUUAAUCUUAGAGAUAAUACUAAAGAAAAACUAGAUAAUUUUGGUGUUGGAAGUUGUAUUUUAAAUAUGAUCAAUGAAGAUUUCCCACUAGAAUUAGUAGGAUGGAGAGGAUUUUCAACUCUCAAAGCAUACAUAAAUGGAGAAUGUAGUAUACAUUAUUUAAGAAUAUUGGGUGUUGAUGUUACAGAAUUUGAUAUAAACAAAUUUAAAAAAGAUAAAGUCAUUGAAAACGAACACUUGAGACCUAGAAAUUUUGAUUCAGAUUUGAAAGAAAAUGAUGAUCAAAAUCACUAGUUUAACUUAAUGUGUUUAAUCAUUUUUUGUGGAAUAUAUUGUAAGAAUAAAAUUUCAAUACAUCUUUAAAGA